AUUUGUUCUUUCUCUCUCGAUUGACUUAUUGACUGAGAGAGAGAGAGAAAGGCUUUUCAAAAAAAAAAUGGGACACAGACACAGCAAGUCCAAAUCCUCCGGUCAGCCACCGUCCUCCCCUUCGUCUACAUCCGGAAACGUAGUCCACCAUGUCAAACCUGCCGGAGAACGACGUGGAUCCUCUGGAACCGGCGGAUCUUCAGGCUCUGGAACCGGCGGAUCUCGUUCAAACACAUCUACUCAGCAGAAUGGUCGGAUCUUAGGUCGGCCUAUGGAGAACGUACGUGGUUCAUACGAGUUCGGUCCUGAGCUAGGUCGUGGUCAGUUCGGUGUGAACAUAGUGGACUUGAAGGGAGCUUACGAGGACAGACACUCUGUGAAUCUUAUAAUGGAGCUGUGUGAAGGAGGGGAAUUGUUUGAUAGGAUCAUAGCUAAAGGUCUUUACUCAGAGAGAGCAGCUGCUGAUUUGUGCAGGCAGAUGGUGAUGGUUGUGCAUAGUUGUCAUUCUAUGGGUGUAAUGCACCGAGACUUGAAGCCUGAAAACUUUCUCUUUCUUAGUAAAGAUGAGAACUCCCCAUUGAAAGCUACUGACUUUGGUCUCUCGGUCUUCUUUAAACCAGGGGAUAAGUUUAAGGAUCUUGUUGGAAGUGCAUACUAUGUUGCCCCAGAAGUUCUAAAACGAAACUAUGGACCAGAGGCUGAUAUCUGGAGUGCCGGUGUGAUUCUAUACAUCCUUCUCAGUGGUGUCCCACCUUUCUGGGGAGAAAACGAAACGGGGAUCUUUGAUGCCAUUCUUCGAGGGGACCUUGACUUUUCAGCUGAUCCGUGGCCAGCACUAUCUAGUGGUGCCAAAGAUCUUGUGAGGAAAAUGUUAAAAUAUGACCCUAAAGACCGGCUUACAGCUUCUGAAGUGCUAAAUCAUCCGUGGAUUAAAGAAGACGGGGAGGCAUCAGACAAACCGCUUGACAAUGCGGUGUUAUCAAGGAUGAAACAAUUCCGGGCGAUGAACAAACUAAAAAAAAUGGCCCUGAAGGUUAUCGCUGAGAACCUUUCUGAAGAAGAAAUCAUUGGUCUUAAAGAGAUGUUCAAAUCUCUAGACACUGACAACAACGGAAUAGUCACCUUGGAGGAAUUGAGAACCGGUCUCCCCAAACUUGGUUCGAAGAUCUCUGAGGCUGAAAUAAGACAGUUAAUGGAAGCAGCUGAUAUGGAUGGAGAUGGAUCAAUCGACUACUUGGAGUUCAUAUCAGCCACAAUGCAUAUGAACAGAAUCGAACGUGAGGAUCACUUAUACACUGCUUUCCAGUACUUUGACAAUGACAACAGCGGCUACAUAACAAUGGAAGAACUAGAGCAAGCCAUGACGAAAUACAACAUGGGUGAUGAUAAAUCCAUCAAAGAGAUCAUUGCUGAAGUAGACACCGAUCGUGACGGAAAAAUCAACUACGAAGAAUUCGUAGCAAUGAUGAAGAAGGGAAAUCCAGAAUUGGUGACAAACCGACGCAGAUGCAAGUAAAAAAACAUUUGGAGCCUGGAUUGAUAAAUCAUAACACAAAGAGAGAUCUUUUUGAUGUUGUUUGUUUGUUUGGUUUCCUCUCACUUUUUUACUUAUUAGCUUUUGUGUUGUUGUUGUUUCCCAUUACAAAUACAUUAUUUUCUUUCCUGCAAUCUCUCUUUUAUCAACAAAACAUAAUAUGCGUUGGAUUUGUUUUCACGAGAGAUUGAUUCAAGAUAUAAAUAAUAAUUUCAUGAUUUCACGAGAGA